AUGUCCGAGCGGCACGCUCCUCGGCUGGUCUGGACACCCCAGCGUCUGGGCUCGACGCAAACAGAUCGCCUGCUUGAUCUGGUCAACCACCGGCAUAGCCUGAAUUUACGGAAGUACAGCGAGUUGCACGCGUACUCGGUUAAUCCUCGGACGGCAUCCGAUUUCUGGGUAGACUUGUUCAUUUUCUUGAAGAUCAAAGCAAACACUGAGCCAUUGCUCGGAUAUGUGCGAGCGGACGCUCAGAGCAUGUUUCCUCCUCCCUCGUUUUUUCCUCAAAUCAAACUGAACUUUGCCGAGAAUCUCUUGACUGGCAAGUCGGAGAGUGAGAUAGCAAUUCACGCCUGCAAUGAGGGCGGCGUCAAUUUGCGUUCAAUCACCUGGGGAGAGCUGAUAUCGCAAGUGCGGCAGGCUGCAGACGCCAUGGUGUCAUUUGGAAUUGGGCAAGGAGAUCGGGUCGCGGCUGUCAUCUCGAACAGGCCUGAAACCAUGGUCUUGUGUCUCGCGGCACUCUCACUCGGUGCUAUUUGGUCUACUUCCUCCCCCGACAUGGGCGAACACGGCAUAUUGGAUCGGCUGUUCCAGAUACGUCCGAAACUAGUCUUUGGAGAGACGGCGGUUCUCUACAAUGGCCAGAUGAGGGAUCUCAGAACCAAGCAUCGAAAUUGUGCCGAACGGCUGGCAAAACAUGCGGAAUUUCAAGGAUAUUUCUUGCUCGAAACAGAAGGCUUUGGGUUCCAAGGACAUGCUCAGAACGUGAAGAUUGCUCCCUGGUCAAGUUUCAUUGGUCAGAGCACGGGACGGGAACUGACAUUUGCUCAACUGCCCUUUUCUCAUCCUGGUUUCAUCGUGUAUUCGUCGGGUACAACAGGGCCACCGAAGUGCAUUGUACACAGUGCUGCUGGGCUACUACUUCAAGUCAAAAAGGACAGCAUAUUAGGCUUCGAUGUCCAAGAUGGAGAUGUGCUCCUCCAAUAUACUACAACUGGAUGGAUCAUGUGGGCUAUGGUCCUUUGCGGACUCGCCUACGGCGGACAAGUCGUGGUAUACGAUGGCUCGCCGCUCAAGCCGGACAAAUUGGUCCUCCUUCGCCUCAUCGAGAAACUCAGGGUCACAUUAUUUGGAACGUCGGCACGCUUCCUAUCUGAUUUAAAGGCAACCAACACCUGCCCACGGGACACCCUGAACCUAUCUUCACUUCGGACGGUGACAUCUACCGGCAGUACGCUGCCUGCCGAUGUCUGUGAAUGGUUCUACGACAAGGGCUUUCCCAAACACAUUCACCUCGCAUCGACCUGCGGAGUGGUGAGCGGCAACCCGACAUUACCUGUUUACUCGGGUGAAAUUCAAUGCGAGAGUCUAGGGAUGGCAGUCGACAUAGCCGACGUAAGCAACGAGAUGUUUGUCUCGGUCAAAACAAAAGGAGAACCAGGGGAGUUGGUGUGCACCAUGCCGUUUCCAAGCCAACCUACAGUUUUCUGGGGCGAGGGCGGCGCCAAAAAGUAUCAAGAUUCGUACUUUAAGCGCUUCGGUAGGGGGGUAUGGAACCAAGGAGACUUUGUGCAAAUGAACGAUGACACCGGAGGAUACGUGAUGUUGGGAAGAUCUGAUGGUGUGCUCAACCCUUCAGGGGUUCGAUUUGGCUCGGCCGAGAUCUACAACGUUGUCGAAAAGUUCCCCGACAUCGAGGACAGUAUCUGUGUCGGGCAGAGACGUACAACUGACAAAGAUGAGAGCGUCGUCCUCUUCGUCAAGAUGAAGGGCAACGCUGUCUUACAAGACGAGCUCAAGGAGAGGUUGCGGCAAGCCAUCCGGUCGGCACAUUCACCCAGACACGUUCCAAAGUAUAUCGUUCAAGCCCCAGAGAUCCCUUACACCAUCAAUGGCAAAAAGAUUGAGAUUGCCGUGAAGCAAAUCAUCUCCGGGAAGCGGGUGACUCCUUCUGGAACGGUGGCCAACCCAGAGUGCUUCAAGUUCUACGAGAGAUUCGUCCGCAUCGAGGACAUGGUUCAAAAGCACGACGGUGCAAAACCCAAGCUCUAA